AAACCGAAGCAGAAUGGAAGUCUGAAGCCCGAAGUAGAGGGCAAGCAUCUAUACAAAGCUACAGGUCCGAAUAUUCCACUGAAACCGAAACGCUCUGGGUCGAAUUUACCGUCCUAUUUGAUGAGAGAAGAAAAAGAGAGAAACGUUCUCCCACAAAAAUGUAUAAUGCCUUAUCUGGAGAAAUUGAUCUCAGUCCAGCCACGCUAGCAA